CAGAUGCUUGUUGAGCUUGCGAUGAAUGACAGAGGAAUGCUAGUAAAAGCAAAAUUCAAGUGUUUGGUGAUGGUGUUUGGUCUCUCCCAUGCCAAUGCACUGCCUCUGCCUAUCACCUAACCCCAACUUGUCAUUAUAUUUUGCCCCUCCUGCAGACGCAACUACUCGGUCAAUUCUCGCCCUUUACCUUUCUUUUCUCUCUCUUUGUUGCUCUAUUUCCCGAAGGCCCAAUUCGUAUUGACUGUGGAGGGAGAAAGAGAGAGAGAGACAGAAAGAGAGUUAAUCACAUAAUGUCUGACAUAGUUAAAGAAGCAUGGAGAAAAUAUCUGAUUCAACUUCAAGCCCGGCCUCUUAGAACCAAGGCAAUAACUGCUGGGGUGUUAGCAGGAUGCAGCGAUGCGAUUGCCCAAAAGAUUUCUGGGAUCAAAAGGCUUCAGUUGAGAAGAUUGCUUCUUAUCAUGCUUUAUGGCUUUGCAUACGGAGGACCUUUUGGGCACUUCCUUCACAAAUUGAUGGAUAUUAUUUUCAAGGGGAAGAAAGACAACAAAACUGUAGCAAAGAAGGUGUUGUUGGAACAAUUAACUUCUUCUCCUUGGAACAACAUGGUUUUCAUGAUGUACUAUGGCUUGGUGGUUGAAGGAAGACCAUGGGGUUUAGUCAAGAGUAAGGUUCGUAAGGACUACCCUUCUGUUCAAUUGACAGCCUGGAAGUUCUGGCCUAUAGUCAGUUGGGUGAAUCACCAGUAUAUGCCAUUGCAGUUUCGUGUUCUAUUUCAAAGCUUUGUUGCUUCAUGCUGGGCAAUUUUUCUGAAUCUGAAAGCAAGGACAGCCAUAACUAAGCAGGCAUAGAAUGGAGUUUACUUUCUGCAAUUUUAGCACGCUACAUAUUUUGUUAGAACUUAAAAUGACAGAUUGAAUUAUUCCUGGAAUUUGGUAGCUGUGUUGGUAUCAUGAGACACAGACUUGAGUAGCAGAUGUUAGUUUAAUCUCGUGAUUUAUGUACCAAAGGCAAUCACAGAUUAUUAGUUCCAAUUAACAAAGCAUUAUAAAUAAAAACUAUAUAUUUUUAAUAGACAAA